AUGGAGAAGAACGAUCCCCAGAACCAUGUCUCGCUCCUCUCAGAGUUCUACAAGGAAGAAGAAUGCUCAACAUCCUCAAGAACUCCUCCAGAACUCAAACCCCAGGAUGAAAGACCUCGAAGAAAGGACUUGGCACGAAUUACACGGUUGAACUUGAAAGGAGCGCUAGGGAAAGUCUGGGCAGUGGUUUUAGCUAUGUUUGUAUCGUUGAUUCCGAGUUUUGUGCCGAAAUGGGGAGCACAGAAGAAUUCGAAGGGCCAAAAUGGAGUAGAGGAUCGGAGACUCUCGCCUACGGCUUACCUGGAUGGGCUACGCGGCAUCGCAUGCUUCAUCGUCUACCUGACCCACUUCGUCGUAAACUGGUUCCCCGCCCUCAAAAACACCUACGGCGCCUCCCCCACGGACAACUACUUCUUCCAACUCCCCAUCAUCCGCCUCCUCUUCGGCGGGCAUCCCGCCGUCGCAACUUUCUUCGUGAUAUCCGGGUACGCCAUCUCCUACCGCGCUCUCUCCAAGAUCCAUACUGGUGACACAGCCGGUGUUCUCGAGACGCUUUCCAGCUCGACGUUCCGCCGCUGUAUGCGUCUGUAUCUGCCUUGCGCGGUAAACACAUUCAUCUGCAUGCUUCUCCGCUACUGGGACUUCUUCACCCCGGACCCGCCGCGAUGGAAUACCCUGCCCCAACAAUUCAGUACCUUUUCCGCGCAGUUCUGGGACUGGUGGGCGAAUCAGAAGAUCUUCAUGUAUCCGUUAAUGAACGUCGAGGGACCGACCUACUCGCCGCCUUAUAACGGACAUUUGUGGACUAUUCCGUUAGAGAUCCGUGGUUCGUUCGUGGUGUAUGGGACGGUUUUGGCGGUUGCGAAGUUGAGUCCUGGGUGGAGGAUGGCGUUUCUGGUGGCUUGGGAUACGUAUUUGUUUUAUAUGGGGAAGUGGGAUUUGUUUCUGUUUGUUGGGGGUGCGUUGUUGGCGAAUCUGGAUAUUCCGAGGCAUGCAAAGGCGAAGGCGAUAGUGGAGGCGAGGAAAGGAGAGCAACCUGAUGGGGAUGAAGCAGAGGGCCUGUUACCGACAACAAGCGAGGCCAUGGAGAUGAUGAACUUCGAUGUCGACACGUCCUCCCGCGUAUCAUCCUCAACAUGGAGCAAACUCACCCGCCAGACGAAACCCUACACUACUCACAUCCACAAACUCACCAACCCUAUUCUCCGCAUCCUACGCAUCCUAAUCCCCUACAUCCUCUUCAUCAUCUCCCUCCUCCUCCUCUCCUUCCCACACAUCCCCCCUUCACUCGGCGUCCUAGGACCAAUCUCAACCUGGGUAUACGCACUCAUCCCCUCCAGUUACAACUCGUUAGGCCCUUUCUUCGGCGACAAAGACCAAGGCGUGCGAAUCCUCGGCUCGUUGCUCCUCGCUUUCUCACUUUCACUGUCGGCUCCUCCAGCAAAGACACAGCCAGAUCGCCAACCUCGCCUCCCCCUACGAGGAAGAUUGUUUGCUGCCGUAAGGAGGAUGAAUCUACAGUCCCUCUUCACGAAUAAGUUCGCGCAGUACUUGGGGAGAAUCAGUUUCGGUUUCUAUCUCAUGCACGGGCCGGUAUUAUUCUGCAUCGGGACGAAGAUCCUCGUGAAGGCAUGGGCAGGAUAUGAUGCGAAUAAAGAUCUGGGGAGGUAUAUGCAAUGGUUUGCGCUUGCGGUGGUGGUUAACACGGUGAGUAUUUUUGUAGCGGCGGAUUGGUUCGCGAGGGUUGUGGAUGAGAGGAGUGUGAGGUGGGCGGCGAGGGUGGCGAAGUUUGUGAGUAGGAGGAAGGAGAUGAGUAAGGAGAGGGAGGUGAGGUGA